AUAAAACUUUUUUUACUCUAUGACGGCGGAGGAGUUAUGGUAUGAACGCGUUUUUAAAGGAUCUUUUUUUUUUACCAUGGACGUUUGUGAACUUCACAACAUGGACGAUGGAAGUUCGUGAGAUGAAGUUAUAAUGACCGACUGUCACGGAAAUCUCAAGCAAAUCCACUGGAAGAAAACUUUAGAUCAAGAGAUGAGCAACCGAUAAACUGCAAGAGCGAUGAGGAGAUACGACAACGACCCAUGCAAAUGUGCAUCUUCGACUUGAGGAUAACUUUUUACUGUGCAGUGCGAUACAAGCAGGACCCACGACGGAGAAAAGCGGAUCGUGCGCGCUGACUUUCUGGAAAAGCUUCUAUGACCCGCUGGAGUUUUAGACGGAGAAGAUACUGAGAAGUGCGAGAGAGGCAGUGAUUUAUCUGUGGCCGGUCUCGGUCGUACUUUUCUCGGCGUGUGAGAUGGGGGCCGCGCCGGGCUCGGGAUGGGAGGAGGGAGAGUUCGAGUUUAAGCUCGUGUUCGAGGAGGAUCCACCGCGCCAGAGCCGCUGCGGCCCAGAGGACACCGAGAGCGGGCACAGCAACCAGGAGUCUGCCGAUACUCAGGAUAUCUGUGGGCAACCUGUGGGCAUCCCUUUGCCCACACCAUCAGCCGGGCACAGAGCGGGCAUGCAUUCGCCACCCCCGAGACGGGCAUUAGUCAGGGAGUUCAGUGGGACUUACGAGAGUCUGCCAGCAAGAUCCAUACAGGUAUCAGAGUCAAGAGUGCUUGAGUGCCCUAGCAUCCAGAUCACCACUAUCUCCCCUGAAGAUGACUCAGGUCCUGCGGGGGGGAGUUACUGGGAUAGCGGUGGUGGCUGGGACAGGGAGCGUCUAUAUCUGCCCCUGCUGGACUCGUACCGUGACGUCAUGACAGGUUCCCUGAGCCCCAGCCCCAGCCCUGCUUCCAGUUCCUCAUCUCGCGGAUGGCUGAGUCCAGCGUCAAGCUGUGAUUCUCUAUUGGUGGAGGAGGACGAGCUCAAUGAUGCCACUGCCCACUUCUGCCUGUCGCCCUCCUCAAGACCCACCUCUCCAGGUGGCAAAAAGCGCAGGAACUCGCCACUGGCCUCCCCCAGCACCUCCCGCAGAAGCAGCUACUCUGAAGACCUGUCCUCCCUCCCGGACACAGGAGAAACCUCAGCUCAGUCUCAGGCCCCAGCAAGCUGUGAGCUCAACAUCCCGCAGAAGACCAGAAAGACCUCUUUGGAACAGGUGUCCUCAAGAGAUAUUGAACCUGAACUGAGCCCCGUUCAGACCUCUCCAUGUCCUCUCCCAGAGCUGAGAAGGGACCCCCCUGCACUAGGGAUGGACUACCUGUCUGUGCCUCCUGCUCUGGGCUGGGGCAGAACCAGGGCCAGCGCUCACAGUCCUCUCUUUAGGUCUAAUGCACUGCCUCCACUUGACUGGCCACUGCCAUCACAGUUUGACCAGUACGAACUGCGCAUAGAAGUACAGCCCAGGCCACACCAUCGCGCUCACUAUGAAACUGAAGGAAGUCGAGGAGCAGUAAAGGCGUCGCCUGGAGGCCAUCCAGUGGUGAAGCUUGUGGGCUACACUGAGAGACAGCCGUUGUCCUUACAGGUGUUUGUAGGAACUGCUGAUGACAGAUCAAUACGUCCGCAUCCUUUUUAUCAAAUACACAGAGUAACAGGCAAGAUGGUUGGCACGGCUAGUCAGGAAAGCAUCCAGGCUGGCACCAAAAUCCUGGACAUCCCGCUCAAUCCAGAGAACAACAUGACUGCCCUCAUUGACUGUGCAGGCAUUCUGAAGCUGAGGAACUCCGACAUUGAGCUUCGGAAAGGAGAGACGGAUGUAGGGAGAAAAAACACUCGAGUGCGUUUGGUUUUCCGCACACAUCUUCCUCUUUCUCAACCCAUCGUCCCACCAGGACGCGUCUUAGCCCUGCAGGUCGCCUCUUUACCCAUUGAAUGCUCACAACGCUCUGCACAGGAGCUUCCUGUGGUGGAGUCUGUCAGUCUUACUUCCUGUUCAGCAGAGGGAGGUGAGGAGCUGCUUCUAGGUGGGACCAACUUUCUACCCACCUCCAGGGUUUUCUUUAUGGAGAGAGGCUCAGAUGGCAAAGUCCAGUGGGAGGAGGAAUCUCAUGUAGACAGGGACAAAAGCAAUGAGAAUUUGCUGUGUGUGCAAGUGCCAGCCUAUAAUGACCUUUCAUUGAGCCACCCAGUUUCUGUCUGCCUGUACGUGUCCAAUGGGAAGAGGAAAAGGAGCAGCACACAUUGUUUUAAAUUUCUGCCCAUCAUGUUCAAAGAAGAAGAUCCCCUCCUGUCUCGUCCCUCCAUCUUGCCUCUAGAUGGCGUGACGCUUUGCCCCAUGGGUAGUGGCAGUGUUGUGGACAUGAGGUCAGAUCUAUCGGCAGAUGACAGGAGUAUGUCCUUCCACCUUCCUCCAUAUCCCAACGAGUACUCUUACUCUUCAAACGCCUACCAGGAGGACUAUUACCAUAAACCAGAGUCUACAGAGGACGGUGGAGGCAGAGGCGCCCUGACCGAACGCCACCCCAGUUUUGAGAGUCUAGAGCUGGGCUUCACGGAGCUCCUUCCUCCGAUGUAUCCAAGAGCCUCUCAACCUCUUUCUCCAUCUCCGUCUCCCUCUCCAUGGCUGGACUCUCCUUAUUUGUCUUCUUCGCCUUCUCCUUCACACUCCUGCUCUUUAAGUCCGUUCCCUGCUGGCAGUCCCAUCUCCACCUCACCUCUGCCUCCUCUAAAUCACUCCCCAUAUCCACACUGUCCCUGCCCGCAGGAUAUGUGCUCAUCACCUCCGUCACACACCAGCCAUUAUCAGGAACUCUGCCCACCUCCAUAUGCCCAGUUCGAGAGCUGGGAGCAUCAGAUGCGGCUGGCUGAAAGAGAUGUCAGUCCGGGGUUGAAGCUGGAGGGAGCGCCGGAUUUUGCAGGGCCUUCACCGAUGCAGCAUAUCACACUAGAGGAAGUAACUGAAUUCAUUGGUGAGGACAUUAGAUCCUUUCAGAUGGGGUCACACAUGGACAGUCGACCUGGAUGACAACAUCUUCUCCGUAAUAGUCCAGUGUUAAUCAGUGUAUAAUUAAUAUCAUAUCAAUGCUUUAUGUAUAAUUUUUUAUUUGAAUUACGGUGUAUUGCUAAAAUAUGGCAAUAAUAAAGACAGUGCUACUUAAGUGGUAAAUCUGUGGUAAAACAGAAGACAGGAGCACAGUUGUAUGUACAGUAUGUAUGUAACUGUUACUGCUUCCUGCAUAUUUGAAUGGAACUAAUGUUUUUAAUCUGUAAAAUAAAUUAUCAUUAUAUUAUUUA